AGCCUGAGCAAUCGGUCAGCAGAGGCCUGGGAGCACAGACUCUGGUUGCUCAGGGCCAAGAUGGGACAGCAGUUCAGCUGGGAGGAGACGGAGGAGGUUGGCGAGAUGGAUGUGGCUGACCUCCAGGAGUGGUACAAGAAAUUCGUGGUGGAGUGUCCCAGUGGCACCCUCUUCAUGCACGAGUUCAAACGUUUCUUCAAAGUCUCAGGCAAUGAGGAAGCCACUCAGUACGUAGAGGGCAUGUUCCGAGCCUUCGACAAGAAUGGGGACAACACCAUUGACUUCCUGGAAUAUGUGGCAGCCCUGAACCUGGUGUUGAGGGGCACCCUGGAGCACAAGCUGAAGUGGACCUUCAAGAUCUACGACAAGGACCGCAACGGCUGCAUCGACCGCCUGGAGCUGCUUGACAUCGUGCAGUCGAUUUACAGGCUGAAGAAAGCCUGCCGGGUAGAUCUGCAGGAGGAGCAGGGCCAGCUGCUCACGCCGGAAGAGGUCGUGGACAGGAUCUUCCUCCUGGUGGAUGAGAACGGGGAUGGUCAGCUGUCUCUGAAUGAGUUCAUCGAAGGUGCGCGUCGGGACAAGUGGGUGAUGAAGAUGUUGCAGAUGGACGUGAACCCUGGAGGCUGGAUCUCUCAGCAGAGGCGGAAAAGUGCUAUGUUCUGAGGGGUCCCUCACCCUCUCCACAGUCCCCCCAAGCUCUCCCAAGAUUUCAGUGUAACCAAGCUCCCCCCUGUGUGGGGCUAAGUAGGAGGUUGAGUGGGAAGAGCUACGGGGUUAGACACUGGAGGAGUUGCUGGGACCUGAAGGGAAUAGGGGCUCUCUUCUCGGCCCCCAUUAGCUACUUCUGACAGAGCUGUGCCUGACAGGAGGAGGGAAUGGGGGGAUGCCCCCAGGAGU